AUGCGGGGCUCGGGCGUUGGCGUGUGCAUAGGACCCAAUGUCACGCUUCCAUCCGAGUGUGUUCUCGUGCCACCGGGCCCUAACGAAGUGAUUCUUCCGCCAGAAGUCUGUGGUUCGAAGGGCUGGGCUACGUACUACCAGCCCUCUCAUAACAAGCUUCCAAUCUCUUCAGAUGGCGAGGAUCUCAGCAGCAGUUCCGAUGAUGAGAGUUUUGAUGAAACAGAGGUUGUUCUCUGGCGCACUGGCUGGCGCUCACCUCUGUUGGAUCUGGCAGCCAAUCAGGUCAAGGCAAAGGAGACUACGGAACCGCGCGAGCAGAUCAAAGAGUUUGCUCUCAGCUUCAAGCAUGUACUCGGCCAGUUCAGGGAGGUGUUGGAAAAGUACCUCACAAGUUCAGGGACUGGCAGUCAGUUCUGUUUGCAGGCCAUUGAAGACCAUGCGUGUUAUAACCAAAUAGUGUUGGAUGCUAGUCAGUGGCUUAUUCACGCCCUCUAUGAUGCCGACCUGGUAAGCGAAGAGACAAUACAGUGGUGGGUAAAGGAAUCGCCCAUGUUGGCCGAUGAGGACCUCACUGAGAAGACCGCCGCCCUUCGCGAGAAUAUUGCACCCUUCCUAAAAUGGCUUGAGGAGGCUGAGGAGGAAGAUGAAGAUGAUGAAGACUGA